CUGGACCGUAGCACCGGUGAGCCCUGAGCCUGCACCUGCUGUGACUCUGUGUGACCGAAGCCACCCCGUGUUGUGACACUGGGUGACCAAGCCACUCCACACCGUGACACCAUGUGACCGAAGCCUUUCCCCGCUCUCCAUGCCGCGUGUCCCCGUCAUGCCACCAUCCCGUGCCCCCAGCGUGGCCGUGCGUGUCCCCAUGGGGCCGCUGUCCCUGCUGCUGGCGCUGUCCCUGCUGUCCCCAUGGGGGUCUGCGGGAGGGAGCUGCCCCCCGCGCUGCGUCUGCGCCUCCAACCUGCUGAGCUGCUCGCAGGCCAACCUGAGCGCGGUGCCGGCUCCGCUGCCGCGCUUCACCGCCGUGCUGGACUUGAGCCACAACAACGUGACCCGGCUGCGCGCGGACUGGGCUCCGGCACGGCUGCCGCACCUGCACGCGCUGCUGCUGAGCCACAACGGGCUGGCCUUCGUGUCCACCGAGGCCUUCACCCACGUGCCGCGCCUGCGCCACCUCGACCUGUCCUCCAACCGCCUGCGGACGCUGGACGAGAACCUGUUCAGCGACCUGGGCGAGCUGGAGGUGCUGCUGCUGUACAACAACGAGAUCGCCACGGUGGAUCGCACGGCCUUCGAGAACCUGGGCCGGCUGCGCAAGCUCUACCUGGGACAGAACCGCAUCGCCCGCUUCCCGCUGGAGCUGCUCCGGGAGGGCACCCGGCUGCCGCAGCUGGCGCUGCUGGACCUGUCGGCCAACCGGCUGCGGGCCGUGCCCGCGGGAGAGCUGCAGGCGCUGCCCGCCUGGCUGCGCGACCGCCUCUACCUGCACAACAACCCCCUGGCCUGCGACUGCCCGCUCUUCCAGCUGCUGGACCGCGGCCGCCGCCGCCACCUCAGCGCCGUGGAGGAUUUCCAGGAUGAGCUGCGCUGCUCCCUGCCCGGAGCAGCCACUCUCAUCAAGAUCCUGGACCUGGCGGGCAAGCAGCCUCUCAACUGCAGCAAGGCACGGGAGGCCGUGCUGGAGGCGCACCUCGGAGACACGGUGACGCUGGGCUGUGACAGCCGGUGGCAGGGUGUGCGCAGCCGCCACUGGGUGACACCGGGCGGGGAGCGGGUGCUGGGGGACGGGGGCAACGGCAGCGUGGUCCUGCUGGCCAACGGCAGCCUUCAGCUGCGGGCGCUGCGCCCCGAGGACGCCGGCACUUACUCCUGCUGGGUGGCCGGACCCCUCCUCAACGAGACCCUCUACGUGGAGCUGCUGGUGCACAACUUCACCCUGCACGGCCCCCACGACACCCUGAACACGGCCUACACCACUCUGGUGGGCUGCAUCCUGAGCGUGGUGCUGGUGCUCAUCUACCUGUACCUCACCCCGUGCCGCUGCUGCUGCUGCCGUGGCACCGAGAAGCCGCCGGCACCGCGCGACGACAGCAUCAACUCCUCGGUGCUGAGCACCACCCCGAACCACGCCGGGGGCACCGGGGAGCCCUGCGGAUCCCACGUGGCCUCCAGCGGCGGCACAGGGCAGAACGGCCGGUUCAAGGGUGGGGGGAGCCCCCCGCUGCCCGCCCGGCAGGGCCCCAAGGCGCAGAGGAAGGUGUCGGAUCCAGACUCGGUGAGUUCCGUCUUCUCCGACACGCCCAUCGUGGUGUGAGGGGACACUGUGGGGACAGUCCCCAGGGACACCCCAUGUCGGCCACUGCAAGCUGUCCCUGGGCAGGAGGGGUGGCCAGACCCCCACUGCCGUGUCCCCAGCUUGGGGGGUCACACCGUCACACCCCAGGACUGAGCAUCGCUGCCGGCC